CAUUCACUUUGAAAUAAAUAUGAUAGGCUUUCUAUAACCUGUCAAAAUUACACCGAAAUGUUACUGAGCCUCUGAGCUGCCUCGGCUGUUCCCACUGCUUUAAGAUGACUGGCCUGGCCAGAAGACGUCGCACCGCCCAACAAAUCUUUCUGCGAAGAGCUCUGAGCAGGAGCAUUGGCAGGAGCCAUGAUGCCAUCGCGUUUCCGGAUUGCAGGGACCGAGAAAACGGUGGCAUCAUGGUGCUGCCAUCGCUUUCCAGAGAUCCCCUACUGGUCAAGGCUAUGCAACGCAGCCAGGAGAGGUCGUCGUCGCGGGCUGUGAAGAAGCUGCAAAGGGUUCUGGCCACCAAUCCCUUUAAGACUCCUACGGAGAGGAAAAAAGCUGGGAAAAUUCCUGCGUUAAAGGUCCUGCGCAAUGAUGCAUGGAGGAUCAACAAGCCACAAGAAGACUCUCUUAACAUAAGUGACCGAUCUGGCCAUAGUCUGAAGCAGAGCAUUCGCUCCAAAGGCAGCACCCGAUCUCGUCACAGCUCCUCCACCUACCCGUCUAGCUGGAAACUGGAUGUGAGUCGAUCGAAGGACAAAUCAAAUCUAAACUGUAAAGGAUCCCUGGAGGAAGUGAGCAAGUGUGCUUGCCUCAACCGCACUCCUUACGAUCACCAGCUGAACAAGCCCCUGAAGUCGAACAACUCCUGUCAGUGCACUCUUAAGAAGAAGAGAGCCCCUCCAAAGGCCAAGAAGAUUAAAGUUGUAUCGGUGGCUCAGACUCAGACGUUUAGAGAUUCUUCAAGCGAACAGGAAGACCCUCUGCCCUUGUUAAGAAAGAAGUUUCGAAAAAGAAGCUCCAGCAGGACCAGCCAGAAAAGCGGACGACUCUUGAAGUCUUGGAAGAGAGCCUACAGCGGUGAGGACGUGUGUCAGGAUCCAUCUUCUGCAUGUAAGACCGGAUGUCCUGGUUCACAGAAAUUCGAAAACUAUGGCGGCUAUACCCCGUCGGACACUGAAGAUGAAAUGGAUAACGAUUGCGACUAUGAAUGCGAUAGGCCCUCCGAACAUCUGGACAAAAUCGAUAAGAUUAGCAAGCCCCCGCCAUUGAAGACAAAGUGGAACCUUCAAAUUCCCAGUAAUACGGAAAUGGAAUACUAUAUGUCCCAGACCAGUCGUGGCAACACAUACGACAAGCCCUGUGAUGAGCCCAGUUCUUCAAAGGUGGAUGACAAUCAGUCCUCUGAGGAUUCGGAGACGGAUGAAAUGGACUUCAGGGCAGAUGACUCCCCGUUUCGAAAAGAAAAAUGUGAGUCGGAAAAGGAGACUCCCAAGAUUAAAGGAAGCUUCUUGUUGGUAAAUUCUAAUUAUGUGAGAAGUCAAGGAUCAAGGAGUGGGAAUGAAGGCGAGAAUUUUCAAGAACCUUUCGACUCGAGGCCACCACGUAAUAGAUCAGGUAUCUGCGAUAACCCCAGUUGUCCGUCGCGAAGAUCUUAUGAAAAUUAUAGCGAACAAGCUAGACAAUAUCGGAGUGGUAAUGGUAUGCCAAUGGGAUCUGUGGAGUCCUGGGGCCACAUGUCCCAGCGCAGUCGGCAAAGGCAGUUUUACGAUGAAAGGAAUCCUUCUGUUGAUAGGAAGUACUGCCCGAAUCCCAAUUGUCCCUUUAAUGUAGAACAACGAGAAAUGCAAAGGCAAGACUACGAAGGGAGAUCAAGAAAUCAAAUAUACUCACCUAGAGGUGCAGAUGACUUCUGUGGCAAUCCUGAAUGUCCUUUCAUUUCAACAAGAAGUCGACGGUACUUGAGCGUUGACAAUGUUAGCCAACUUGCGGAAAACGAUGGCCGGAGCAGUAGAGACACAAGAUGGAGAGAUUCAGAUUACAUGGACAAUGGCUACUCCUCUACAAAGGUUCAGAGUGAAUGUCCAUGCUUGAACUCCAUGUCCAAUGAUGGUCCAAUGUCUCCCGGGAAGACUGAAAAAUUAGAUGGCAACUCAAAACAAUAUUCUGGCAAACCCAAAACUCGACUGUCUGUGGAUGGGAUGGGAGCUGCUCGGGGUAAUGAUAGAGCCAAAAGGAACGGAAGUCCCCGACGAUCUAGACCCAGUAGCGUGGAUAAAAAGUCGAACAAACGUGGAAUGGAAGCAAAGGCCCAAAACUCCCAGCUUCGGGUAACGUCGCCAAAGAAGUCUACUUCUCGUCGAAAGGCGGAUAGCGAUUCAGAGCUGCUCGAUUUAAGUGAGGCUCCUUGUGGAAAAGAAGACUGUGACUUUGCCUGCAUACCCUGUCAAUCCAAGUUGGGUAAGCCUAAACCUACCAAAAGUAGUCCAAAGAACGGAGGAAAAAUCCCGGCCGUUUAUCCAAAGAAAAAAAGUACCUCAAGCUCACGACGGUCUAGUCGAAGCCGAGAAGCCAAAAAACCACAAACGGAGUAUACCCCACCGAACGAUAGUCCCACGGAAAUGGACUACGAAAAUAUGGAUGAUGAUGUGGUACACCCUCAUUGUGAUGUGGCUAAGAUAAUCGACAUCCUUCAAAAGACUGUGGCUGGUCUGGAGAUGGAAAUAAAUAAGAGGCAGGGCUUCGAAAGUACCACCAGUUUAGGUCAACAGCAACGAAACCCAGUAUCGCGACAACCGUCUAACCAUCAAGGUCCAGUCCCUGUAAACUACCACCAGAGCUUAGGUCAACAGCAACAAAACCCUGUAUCCCGACAACCGUCUUACCAUCAAGGUCCAGUCCCCGUAAACUACCAACAGAGUUUAGGUCAACAGCAACAAAACCCAGUAUCGCGACAACCGUCUAACCACCAAGGUCCAGUCCCCGUAAACUAUCAACAGAGCUUUUCCGUGCCACAAGGAAAUCCCUAUCCACCGCAAUAUAUCUGUGCUACGACCUGCGCCUAUAGUGCUCCAAAUCCGUACCAGCAAGGUCAAUACAAUCAACCAAACCAGUAUCCAGCAUUCAAUUAUGGACCACCUCCCGGUGGACCUCUUCCAGGUCCAGGUGGCUUUCAACCGAUUGGAUAUCCCGAUGGUUCUGGUCCAGAACCUCAAAUGUAUCCCAAUACAGACAUUGGUUAUAAGCGACCUGGAGGCCAAGCCCAAAAUAAUGUACAAAUUCAAAGUAGAUCCUUUGAAAACCCUUAUGGGAGAAACAAUAUGGGAAGUAGACCUCCUCCUCCGAAUGGAUCUCCGGUUAUUGGCCAUUCCUUUAAUAGUAGGAGUGCGGAUUUUUCCCGUGAAGAUGGGCCAAAAAUCUUGAAAAGUCGGGCUCGUCAGGGAAGUGGAAGAGCUGAUGUUUUUUCCAGCGAGAGCAGUGGUGAUGACCAAUUGGAUGACAAAGUUUCAGAAGAAAUCCAGCUUAAAUGUAAUGACUUCCUUCGCUUCAAAAGAAAGUCUAUAACCAAUUCGGAUCAGUUUAUUCCCCUACUGCGUGAUCGUCAAGCUAUUGCCAAGUUUUAUAGACCUUUUAAAUCGGAUUAUAGACCAGAAUUCGAAAAAAAGUUAGUCAAAAGAAAGGUCCGCUCAUACAUGCCACUGGCAUCCGACCGUAUCCGACCUUGCGAACGAUUUAAGAAGGAUACCGAAUAUCCGAUUCGUAAAAAUGAAACAGUAUGCCCCAAGUAUAUGGGUAUCCAUCCAGCGAUUUCUCGUAAGACCCGUCACAAUCCUCACAUGACUCUAUCGCAAUUAAAUAGUUAUGAAAUGAAUAUAAUGGACAAUUUUGAAAAGUACAAGGCGGAAAGAAAUGAACCCAUGUCCUGCUAUUGCAAGACACCAACUAAGACAGAGCCAGAAGAGAACGGGGAAACUACUCCCAGUGAUUGCACUUGUGAGGAGGAAGUGGUAUAUGUUCCCUGCCAUUGCAAGCCUGAGAAGGAGAAGUCAAAGGUUUCCCUUUUCAAAUGUUGUCGAAGGAAUAAAUCGCCCAAGCCACCAAAAAUCAAGGAACCAAAGAAAAAGGAGUCGAAAGUCAAAAUUAAGGAACCCAAAAAGCCGAAGUCCUCUUCAAGUGGAUUUUUAUGUUUCAAAAAGAGAGAGACAAAGCCCCCGAAGGAAAAGAAAUCAAAGCCAUCAACCAGUUCCAUAGAAUCUACUAAGGAAAAUGAACCUGAGAAAGAGAAGCCUGAAAAACUACCCAAAGGGAGAACCUCCUCCAAGUCUAGUGGGUUCUUUUCCUGUAAAAGGAAGGAACAAGAGCCUAAGCCGGCAAAACCAUCAAAGGAGCCCAAUCCACCGAAGGAGCCCAAGCCACCUAAAGAGAAAACCUCCUCCAAGUCCAGUGGGUUUCUUUCCUGUAAAAGGAAGGAGCCUAAGCCACCAAAGGAGCCCAAACCGCCUAAACCACAAAAGGAGCCCAAGCCACCUAAAGAGAAAACCUCCUCCAAGUCUAGUGGGUUCUUUUCCUGUAAAAGGAAGGAAAAAGAGCCUAAGCCGCCAAAGGAGCCCAAUCCGCCCAAACCACAAAAGGAGCCCAAGCCACCCAAAGAGAAAACCUCCUCCAAGUCUAGUGGGUUAUUUUCCUGUAAAAGGAAGGAAAAAGAGCCUAAGCCGCCAAAGGAGCCCAAACCGCCUAAACCACUAAAGGAGCCCAAGCCACCCCAAGAGAAAACCUCCUCCAAGUCUAGUGGGUUCUUUUUCUGUAGAAGGAAGGAAAAGGAGCCUAAGCCGCCGAAACCACCAAAGGAGUCUGAACCGCCGAAGGAGCCAAAACCACCAAAAGAAAAUGAUCUUCGAAAAGAAAGAGUAUACUGUGAAUUUUGGAAGAAAAAGGAAAAGAAAGAUGAGCCACAGGAGGAGCUAGGGUCUUUGGAAUCAGAGCCUAGACCCACGUGUUAUUGUACAACAGAUCGUCAGAUCAGACCAACGUCAGAUCAGGAUAGAGAACCAAGAAUGUCCUGCCGUUGUGGGAAAUGUCCUCAACAAAAGGAAGAGGAUCCACAGGUAGAGAUAGGGUCUUUGGAGUCAGAGCCUCGACCCAAGUGUUACUGCGCAAAAACCAAAACAAAUAGGAGGCAAUCACCAACAUCAGAUCAGUAUGAAGAACCGAGAAUGUCCUGCCGUUGUGGGAAAACUCCCCUACAAUCUUCCGCCAACAACAACCAGGAGGAUACUCCAUGUCAAUGUGCCUGUAAGAACCAAGAAGAUUCCGAACCUGAUCCUGCAGAAAAGCUCAAGAAGAACCAGGAACAGCCUAGACGAUCAUCACAGCCGACAGUGAAGUUCACACUACCUUGUGACACCUGCGACCAAGAGGAUAACGAAGUCAAAGUCCUGUACGACUCCAGUAACUGCUUUCCCCAUGAAACUGGCAGUUGUACAGAUUCCAUUGGUCUGUACUAUCAAAGGGGUGAUCUUUCCGAUACCAGCCGUUCAGAUGUGAGACCUCGGGCCUGCUACCGGCCAAAUCCUAGGGACCAGGCAGCCAGAUGCUGGCGACGUAACGGCUUAAAUAUAUUCUAUAAAAUUGUGCGGUAA